AUGGCGGUGGCCAAGUGCCUUUACUCCACAGUGUCAAGGGGUGUCUUCACACGCAGUCCAAGGGACCUGAGCGCUUUGCCGCUGGUGGCGGCGGCGUGGCGCGCCCUGUGUUUGAUGGUGGUGGUGGUGUUGCUGCCCGUGCCUUUGGCUGCCCUGCUUCCCAGAGAUGAGUUGACGUCGCACAGCGUGAGCGAGGCUGUGAAGGACGUGGUGGUGAGGGCCGCGGGGCACGCAGGUCCCGCUGGCCUAACCGUCAUCAUGAUGACAGACGCCGCCGCGCCGGGGUUCCUCCUGGAUGUCGAAACACAGCUCCCUCGCCAGGGCGGGGUGUGGUCCACAAGCUGGACCAGUGUGCUACUGCGGCUCCCGGAGGCUGGCGACGCCCUCAACACUACGGAGCCACACUUGUCAUCGGUGCUGUUGCAAGCACGGCAGGUGAGGCACCAUUCACGCGGCGUGAUGGUUGUGGUGGUCAGCGCCAGCGACGCCUUCCUGGCACUGUUCGCCAAGUGGGCCCUGGAACGGCGCCUGCUGGUGUGGGCGACGCGGCUCCUCGUGGUGACCACCCUGCCCCUCUCACACCUGCUGCUGGCGGCACGCACACACUGGUCCUUCUCCAUGAUGAACACCAUGCUGAUGAACGUGGAGCAUACACCAUCCUUUCUCAGGUGCGGAGUGUACACCCACCUGCCAUACACGGAGCGUGGUCCUCGUGUGUUGCGCGUGGCCACGUGGACCAGUGCCCGCCGCCUCACGCCCACCCACACCCUACCGCUAUUCCCUCAAAAAUACUCCAAUUUCUACGGCAGAGAUGUGAACGUGACGGCGCUGCCCUUCCCGCCUUAUUGGGACGAGCGGGAGUCACCCAGAGGUCGCUACCACGGCACCGACUACCUCAUGAUCACAGCCAUCGCCCAGGCACUCAACUUUACUGUCCGGGUCCUUCCCUCCGCCAACUGGGGCGACGUGACGGCUCGUGUGGAGGAGCGCGUGUCCUUCGUGGCUACGGUGAUCUACGCAGUGUUCCCGCAGCGCCUGGAGCACUACGACUACAGCUACAUGUUCGAAUACGCCUUCCACGCCUUCUGCAUGGCCCGCCCGGCACUCAGGCCGCGCUGGCAGAGCCUCUACUACCCACUGCACCACUACGUCUGGGCCUCCACGCUGGCCCUCCUGCUCCUCAUGCCUCUGCCCUUCCUCCUGGUGGUGAGAGCAAAGGCAAACACAGGCCAGCAGGGGGCCACGACCCCGACCACCGGGCAGUUGGUCCUGGACGUGAUUGGUUCGCUCCUCGGGCAAGACUUGGGUGGCAAGUUCAGCCCUGGAGUGUCGGGACGCAUGCUGGCAGGCGCCUGGCUGCUCUUCGCCUUCAUCUUGGGCACCGCCUACCGCGGCAACCUCACCGCCUCCCUCACUGCGCCUAAGUCCCCGCCGCGUGUGGAGACCCUCGAGCAGCUUGUCGCGUCCCAGGCCGUAGUGACCAUGCCGCCUUACGGAGCUCAGUUCAGGGACUUCUUCAAGCAAUCGGAAUCGUCGGACUUUAAGACGCUGGGGGAGCGAGUCAAGAUCGUGUCCACCACGGGGGACGGCCUGCAGCAGGCCAUCAUCAUUAAGCAGGCCCACAUGGAGGCCAGGCGAUACCUGCAGCUGGAAAUUGCCCGCAAGUUCACGAGGGUGGACGGCAGCAGCAGCCUGUACGUGGCCCGGGAAAGCGUGUUCCCCGGCCUAUCCGCCUGGCCUGUGCCCCACGACGCGCCCUACAAACCCGUCCUGGACCGCGCCAUCAUGGCCGUCAAAGAGGGUGGCUUGUAUGAGAAGUGGAGCAGAGACGUGCUGAGUGAGGCGCGCCAGGAAAGCCGCCAGCAGCAGGCCGAGGAUCAACUUCCUGAUGAGGCAGACAGAGAGCCUGCAGACAGUGACGGGCGCGCCCUCACCCUCGUCCACACGCAGGGACCACUGCUGCUGGUGGUGUUGGGACUCCUCACCGCCACCCUGGUGUUACUCUGUGAGUUGCUGACAAGACACUACUUCUAGCAGAACUCCUGAAACUCGCUGGCUCUGGACACAACUACGCUGUAUCACCAGCACAACACACAGGCGAAAAGGCUCUGUUGCGCUGUUCCACCCCAAGGGCCAGACAUUCACAAAUGAGGUUUACUGCUGCUACUGUAUCUCCGCUACACCAUGACACACACACACACACACACACACACACACACACACACACACACACGUGAUGUGACCCUGAGAGGUCCUGCCACUCACCCGCCUGGCGCCUGCAGAAGUGCUAGUGAGGGGAUCGCGGGCAGCCACCAGUAAACAUCACGCCCACAAGUUGAUAAUGUCUGAUAAUGUCUCUUGUGAUCAUAUUUCAAUUUCCUCUAGUCUGAAUGCAAAUAAAUGGAAUACAAGAUCCACUUGCCUUUCUCUCUUUAUGUAAUUGGUAACUGAUCAAUUACUACCAUUCGCCUCCGACUCCCAGCACUCAGUCUCAGCCACCUGCCACAUUUUUUUUUUUU